UAACCGAGCGACCAUCUGUCUUUCAGGGUAAAGAGCAGUAAUGCUGACACUGGCGAGCAAGCUGAAGCGGGAUGACGGUCUCAAAGGGUCCCGGACUUCGGCCACAGCCUCCGACUCCACGCGGAGGGUGUCCGUCAGAGACAGGCUGCUCGUUAAAGAGGUUGCAGAACUUGAAGCUAACUUACCUUGUACCUGUAAAGUGCAUUUUCCUGACCCAAACAAGCUCCACUGCUUUCAGCUAACUGUCACCCCAGAUGAGGGUUACUACCAGGGUGGAAAAUUUCAGUUUGAAACGGAAGUUCCUGAUGCGUACAACAUGGUGCCACCCAAAGUGAGAUGUUUGACCAGGAUCUGGCACCCCAACAUCACAGAGACGGGCGAGAUCUGUCUGAGUUUACUGAGAGAACAUUCGAUCGACGGCACUGGCUGGGCCCCCACGAGGACAUUAAAGGAUGUUGUUUGGGGAUUAAACUCUUUGUUUACUGAUCUCCUGAACUUUGAUGACCCACUGAAUAUCGAGGCUGCCGAGCAUCACCUGAGGGACAAGGAGGACUUCCGGAGCAAGGUGGAGGACUUCAUCAAGCGCUACGCGAGAUGACAGCGAGGUGACGGAGGUGACAGGCGGCGGCUGCAGCUCGGCCCCCGCCCGCCGGCCACGCGGUCCCGACGGC